AUGGUGGUGAGAGCAAUAAAUGCAGUAUGAUUAGCUUAAUUUAUUUAGCUUUCCGAGAUGAUCUUUUAUAGAUUGAUUAGCUGGAAAAAGAAUAAUGAGUUCAUUAUUAUUGAGGCAAUCGAAAUCGGCAUCACGGUAAUGAAUUCAUUAACAGCACAGUGCAAUCUUUUCUGGCAAACCAGCCACUUCUCAGUAAAGUAACCGUGACGAACAGUGUCGCCGACAGAUGAAAGGUAGUGAGAAUAUGCCAGAACGAGAAAAGAGUGAAGAAUUCGGCUUGGGGAAUGCGCACCGAAUUCACUAUGCUGUUGUGGUUGUGGAAUGAAAAAGAAACGCGAACACAGUGUCAGUAAAAGCUGAAGCAGAAGCCAAGAAGAACCAAAAGCAGAGAGAGACGUAUCAAAACUAAUCUGCCUCAAAGCACAACAAGAAAAAGAAAAAGGGCAAAAAAAAAAAAUUAAAGUAGGAGUUGUUUGGACGGAAAGGAACGAGGGCUGGAGAGGUGCGGAGUUGUGAGGGCGGCCAAGGGUUCCGCACGGAGCAGCAACUUUCAUGCAUUGAAUAGAAUGGCUCCGUCGGGACUUGAACUGCGGCUUUGCUGAUUACACCCUCGCUCCCAAUUUCUGCUCUUGUGUCGAUCCCAUAGCAGAGUGGAGAACGAAGUAAGGAGUGAAUCUGGAGCUUCACUUUGGAGGGGUUUCGAAAAGUUCUGGUCUUCAAAUCGCACUCGAACUCUGAUUUCUUUCAGCAAAUAAGCUACUUGUGGGAUGAAAAUGUCGGCUGAUCAGAAUUUGAGUUUUCACUAUGGAGGAGCCCUUCCUCCAUCUUUUAACAAUCAAAACGUAGUUCCUUUUCAACCAGCAGCAAUGAGCAAUGCGGCAGGGUUGAUAUCCGAGGGAAUGUAUGCUUCAGAUGGUGUUAGCAACAUGGGAGGGAUGAUCUUGCCAGGCCACCCUGUAACACAAAGUUACACUUCUUCUGUCUUGUCACUGCCUGGUAAUCUUUCAAGGAACAUCAUUCUUGACCCAGUGCCCCCUCUCAAGCUCAGUCCAGCGGCAACUGCCAAUUGGGCUCUGGAGGAAUUAUAUGUGUUGAGGCAAGGCCUUAUAGAACAUGCUACUGAGCCAACUAAUAUAAUGAAGUAUAUCAAGAUAGCAGCUAAGCUGCCUGAGAAGACAGUGAGGGAUGUCGCCAUGAGGUGCCGGUUGAUAGCUGAGACCGGUAAAAGACGCAAGCUAAGAAGUUACUGUUUAGAAAAGAAGGAAAAGGUGGCGUUUUCUUCCUCACUGAGUACUGCACCUUCUGUUCAAACGGAGAGCACAACCUCCUUUUCUCUGAGGAUGCAUGAUUUGCCCACAAAUAAUCAGUUCAGUCAAGGUGCUUCUCUAGUGAACACUGAGACACAACGCCUUCUAAUCGAGAAUUUUAACCUUCUCAAUCAGAUUGGAUCGAACCUUGAAUUGAGUAAGGUAGAAGAUAAUAUCAACCUAUUCUAUCGUACAAGAGAAAACAUAUCAACCAUUUUAAAUAGGGACUCUGUUUUUUCUUUGAACAGGAUGAGUGGCACACAGGGAAGUAUGAGUCAGUUGCCUCCAUUGCCCGUGUUAAUUGAUGACAACCUUUUUCAGUCCAUUCUUCCCCUUGCUAGUCAGAUUCAUGUACCUGGUAACACUUCUUUAAGGGAAGAACCAAGAUACUGGUGAUUUUUCUGCAUCAUGGGUGCUGCUGAAAUCUCUGUAACUGAACAUUUCUUCGCAGAGCGAGAGUCAAAGUUUGUUCGCAUGGCCACCAUGCUCAAUCAAUCUGAAGAUAGAUAGAUAGAGGUUCUGAUACCAGAGCAUUCAGUAUGAUGUAGCAAUGCAAAUUGAACUUCUACUGCAGUGUCCCUGUAUAUCCUUCAUCUGAUAGGAAGUGUUCUUGGUAACAGUAGCAUAAUUAGUCAGCUUUCAGGUUUA